CCAAAGGCGACGCGGCUCGGGGGGGGCGGUGGCGCCGGACGGGGGGCGGCGGCCUGCUGGCUGCAGGUUCCGGCACCCCCCCGGCGCAGGGCGCGGACCAGAAGGAACGGAGGGCGGGAGGGACGCAGCCUGCCGCCCGGACCUGCCUGGCCCCUUUCAUUCAUUCCGGUGGUCGGUGUCGCAUGCAUCAGUGCCUUGGGGUGCUUUUUGCCUCGUUCCUUCGUUCCGCAACCCAGCAGAAGCGAAGCCGGGACUAGGCUUGCCGCCCUCAAUUCUGCGCCCCCGCGCGCCUGUCGCAUGUUGGCAGGGACGCACCCCUCCGUGGGGGCCCGGGGGCGCAUCCCGCUGCAGGAUGGCGCGCCGCGCUUCGUAUCGAUGGAUCGUACCCAGACGAGGGCCCAGGAGGAGUGGCGCCGCCUUUUCCAAUAAGCUGCUACUGGUGGCGGUGGAGCUGCUCGCCAGGCGGGGCGGACCCCUUACUUUCUGUCGCCGGGAAACAAAGCGACUUGCGUGAAAAUGCUACGUAGCUCCUCACCCGUUCAU